AGUAGGGAUUUUGAGGUUUCAAGCCUCGCUAAAAUUCAAAAUAACGGUUGAGGGAUCGAAAAUUAGUUGGUUUAAAAUUAGUUUUCAACGCGGAACUAAAAUCUGAAAAUCGCGAGUGUGUAGCACUAACUAAAAGAAAGUUAUAGAGGUUUUUCUGUCAGUAAAAAAGUCAGAAUUUAUAAGAUAUUGCCGCACAGUAGCGUGAGUUAUAAAACUUUUAGUGGGGAGGCUGAACCCACCCGGUGGCUACGCCACUAAUUUAGACAAGAACUUGGGAAGUAACAACACUUGCCAAGUUCUUGUUCAAGUACUUACUAAGCGAGGAAAUUUGUCAGGUACUUCCCAAGUACUCGGAAAGUACUCACGUACCCGGAUCAAGUAUAUUUACUAGGGCUUAUUUUUAUUUUUGCUGUGUUCUAGACCACAUGCAACAGCACUGGGUUAUCUAACAUCUGGUUUAUAUGAAGACAAAGGUGCAUAUCCAAGCGCUGUAGACAUUCCGAAUGUGAAAAUUUUUCGUUUUGAAGAAAAUAUUUAUUAUGCUAAUAUUGAUGCAUUUAAAAAGUUAUUUAUAAAAAACAUUGGUUUUCGAGUAGAAGAUCAAUUACGUUUGAUGAACGAAGAGGUGACAGGCGUUGAACGUGAAUUUAAAGCCGCCAUUCAUAAUAGUAGUAAAUCCAAGAAACAACAACAACAUAUAAAACAACGUUUUCAAAAACAAUUUCGAAAUGGUAACACAUUGAGUAAUAAUGAAAAUAUUCUAUCGAACGGAGGAUCGGUCAUGGAUGAUGUGAAUUUGGAUCAAGUGACUACUGUUAAUGAAUCAGGAAAGAUUGUACAACAUAAAAUUAUACAAGUAAAUGAGUUUCAAUUAGUCGAUGAAAUGGAAUUAAAUUUGGACGAGAGAGAAAAGGAGAAAGAAAAAAAAAUUGCAGAAAUUAAACGGAAAUACCAACCAGUGUUUGAAUUCGUUAUUAUCGAUUGUUCGCCGGUGAAUUACAUUGACAUGAUGGGAAUCAAAACUCUUAUUCAAAUUUACAAAGAUUUAAAAGAAGUCAAUGUAACGGUGCUAUUAUGCCAAGUUAGACCUAUGGUUUAUCGUCAAUUACAACGGAUGAAUUAUAUGGAUAUAGCUGGAAAAGAUACGAUACAUGUUACAAUAAAUGAUGCUGUUUUACAUGCACUAAAAACACGUGCAAGUAGAGGUGAAACCAUACAAUUACCAGGAACGGCAUUUCCUUUUGUUGGCGUGGAGAAUCUAUCAUAUACAGAGGAUGAUUACGAUGGACAAGUAAGUUGUUAG